UUCAGAAGUCUCAAGGAUGAUCCCAAAUCUGUUUGGGCUAUGCAUGUUGCCAAGAUCCAGAGUGACCGCGAGUACAAGAAGGAUUUUGAGAAACAGAAAACCCAUUAUCAGACCCCUGUGGAAAUGUUGUCUGUGCUGUUGGCCAAGAACUGCCAGAAACUUGUGAGCGACAUUGACUACCGCCACUACCUUCACCAAUGGACAUGUCUGCCAGACCAGAAUGAUGUUAUUCAGGCCAGGAAAGUCUAUGACAUCCAGAGUGAUAACCAGUACAAAGCAGACUUACAGUGGCUGAAAGGUACUGGCUGGGUCCCCAUUGGCUCACUAGAGGUAGAGAAGACCCAAGAAAGCUGGUGAAAUUCUUAGUGAAAAGAAAUACCGCCAGAACCCAGACACCCUCAAAUUCACUAGUGUUUCUGAUUCCAUGGAACUGAUGCUAGCAAAAGCUAAUGCUGAAAUCAUGAACAAGCGCCUGUACACCGAAGCAUGGAACAAGGAUAAACAAACGGUCCAUGUGAUGCCAGACACUCCUGAAAUCGAGCUGGCCAAAGCAAAUCGUAUCAAUUACAGUGAGAAACAGUAUAGACUUGCCCUGGAGGAAAGCAAAAAGAAGGAAGGUUAUGACUUACGUGUUGAUGCCAUCUCCAUUAAGGCAGCAAAGGCUUCAAGAAAUAUAAUCAGUGAUUAUAAAUACAAGGCAGGCUACAGAAAGCAGCAAGGCCAUCAUGUUGGAUUCAGAAGUCUCAAGGAUGAUCCCAAAUCU